AGAAAAAUGGAUGAUGACGAUGAUGACAUUCCCCAGCUUUCAUCCCACACACUGGCUGCCCUCCAGGAGUUCUAUCUGGAACAGCAGCAGAGAGAGGGCAUGAAGACCUCCCAGGGAUUUAAUCAAUAUUCCAUUGGCUCAAUAGAGGAAGACUGGCAACUGAGCCAGUUUUGGUACAGCGAUGAAACUGCAUCAUGCUUGGCUAAUGAAGCAGUUGUGGCAGCUGGAAAAGGUGGCAGGAUAGCAUGUGUUAGUGCACCAAGUGUGUACCAGAAACUGAAAGAACAGGAUGGUAAAGAUUUUUCAGUCUGUAUACUGGAGUAUGACAGAAGAUUUUCUGUAUAUGGAGAAGAAUUCAUCUUCUAUGAUUACAACCACCCUUUGAACUUACCUCAAAAUCUCCUGCCACACAGUUUUGACAUUGUCAUAGCAGAUCCACCCUAUCUGUCUGAGGAAUGUCUUCAUAAAACUGCAGAGACCAUCAAAUACUUAACAAAAGGAAAGAUUCUGCUUUGCACAGGUGCAAUCAUGGAGGAACAGGCAGCAAAACAUCUUGGUGUGAAGAUGUGCAAGUUUAUUCCAAAACACUCACGAAAUCUAGCCAAUGAAUUUCGAUGUUAUGUGAACUAUGCUUCUGGACUGGACUGA